CUUGGAAGUGUCCAUGCUUCCCCGCUGGCCAUCGUGGGCGGUAUCCAAUGGCGCCAUGCUCUUGAGUCGGGCGUCUCUCCUCUGUGGCUCUCCGGUCUUUCCGUCCGUCACUUUCACUUCUUGCGAUCGCCAGCAAAGUGGUGGCAUCUGGUCACAACACCACCACGUCGCCGCUGGUGCCGGCCUAUGGUCUCCUGCGAUUUUCUGCGAUUGAUGCCGUACAACAGGCAUUAUCCUCUCCUGAGUAACAGUCUCUCGUCACAUGCCCGUCACACUUUUUCCCCCUUGGAGAUCCGCCCUUGGUCCUCUCUCUAUCCCGCUCCCUCGCUGUCUCUCAUGCUCAUGUCCGCCGAACCAGUGUCCUCCCUGGCAACGCUCCAGUCAUCAAUCACAAAGCGUUGCAAGAUCUUCCAUGCGAGUCAUCCUUUUGAGAAUGGUCUGCCUCUUGUCUAUCUGUAAGAUGCCGGUUCCCAUGCCACCCACGUCUCGUAGUUUGAGGAUAUAAAGCGCAAGUCCCCGUCCCCCCCUCCAAUGUACUGCCACCCCAUCUCCAAUAUCUCGUGUCUCGCGCCUCUUGUCUCGCUCUUCAAAACAUAAAACUCACAAUGGCUACUCUCCUCCCCCGAACCAAUGAUGCGCUCAAGAUCAACCCACCC